AUGCCUUUCUGGUGGCUGCAGCUUUUGCUCAUCUUGGCCAGCCGGGAGCACGCCAUUACCGUGCAGCUCUUCGCAAGCGCAAUUCUGAUCGCUGCACUGGUGGCUUUGGGCGAGCUGCGUCCUGGGCAGCCGCUGGCCUCAUGUCGUCGCUUGGUGCUCUGUGGCGCUGCCUUGCCGGGGCCGUUCCGCUCUGAGUUGGCAGAUUUGCGUGCAAAGCCUUGCCAUGGCAUCUCAGCGCUCCACACCAUCGGUCGCCAGGAUGACAUCAACCCACCGGAGCAGGCGCGCGAGGCGGGGGAUCUUCCAACCGCCGUCGGGAUCGGAAAGCUUUUCGGGAAGCAGGGCCUGCAGUCCAAUGUCACAAGGUGGCGGCGGCUGUCGGGGGGGGAGAUCUUUGAGUUUGAGGGCACGCACGAGGUGCCCAUGGACGAGGCGGCCAUGAGCGCUUAUCGCCGCUUGCUGGGAGGAGCGGCGCUCUACGUCUAUCGACAUGUUCAGUGCCGCGACUUGGCUCCGAUCCUGGGCGAUGUGCUGCGGAAGCGCCGCUGCCCUGAAGUUCUCGUGGACUACUCAUGUGGCCAUAGCUGUCAGCCCGAGGUCCACUUGCCAGCCUUCCUGGCCGACAAGAAGGAUGCACGCAUGGCCUCGAGGGCCCUGCGCUUGGCCGUGAAGAGCGGAGCGGUGCCACCGGGCGAGGAGGGUGUCGUCCGGAUCGAGGCCCAGGGUCGGAGUCCAAACACCGCCUGUAGCAACCCAGGCCGACGCCGGGCCUUGCGCUGUGGGGGCGUCUCCAUGGACCUGCUGUCCGCCUGCGAGGCGCCAGAGAACGCGAUCCCUGUGGGCAUCGUGGCUGCGCAGUUUGCCUCCUGGGUGCAGCAGAGCAGCUCAGAGACCGUGCAGAGCAUCCCGCUGACCAGCUGUAAAGGUGCUUCGACCUGGAAGCAAUUCUUCACCACUCCAGGUAGUCUGGGGCCGAUUUUGGUGGCGAUGAUGCUUUGGGCUGUGGGGUGCUUUCUGUAUGCGGUCUAUGCCACACCUCAGAUCCCCAUGGUGGCACCAGAGAUCUUCUACCAGCAGGUUCAGGAGCAGAUCGAGAACAUCCCAGUGCCGAAAGAUAGCCCACAUUAUUCGCACUAUAGGCGGUACUAUCUCGAGCAGUACAGGGAGCACCUGGCACAGUACAGGGAGCACGAAGAGGCCUUCAGGCUCAACAAAGGACCCAGGGUCCAUUGGGGCGCCCUUCUACAGGGCUUGGGCAUUGGUACCUGGAUCUUCGUGGCGGUGUUGGCCUUCUGCGAGUACAGAUACACCACGGUCACGGUGUCGAUGGAGAUGGUCGAGGCGUGGCGGGGCGGGCGGGCUGUGGCGGCGCGGCUGGAUGCACCGAGGCCGCGGGAAGAAGAAGCCUCAAAGGAGGAAGGAGAAGGAGCUGAAGGAGGCCUCGUGCGUCGACCAUCCCUCGUGCGAGAAGGAGAAGCCGCGGAAGGCGCUUCCUGUGGCCGAACGUGCCAAGAACAGCGAAGAGGCUGA